AGCGGCAGCUCUGCCUACCGGCAAACAAGAGGAGGCGAAGCCAUGACAACAAAACAAGUUGUUUCUGAUAAUUCCUUCAUUUUUCACCUGUCACUUUGAUACUAAGUUCUGAAUAAGAGUUUCUCGGCAUGGACAAGCCCCAGUUGAUCGAGCACCUCCACGAAUCCCUCAAUUACACCGUCUACGACACGAAAUGGGUGCCGCUCUCCGCCAAGUUUGUGGUGCUCGGCGCCAAGGCCAACGGCCAUGGAAUCAUGGACAUCUAUGAGCUGAACAAGGAUAAACUGGAGAAGGUGAAAUCUGUGGAGAAGAAGGUGGCCUUCAAGUGUGGCACCUUUGGAGCCGCGUCGCUGCGAAACCGGCACAUGGCCAUUGGGGAUUUCGAGGGCAGGCUGCAAGUGCUGGAUCUGGAGCAGCCGGACCUGCCAGUCUACAAUGUCAAGGCCCACAGUGCCAUAAUCAACACCAUUGACGCCAUUGGAGGGACACAGAUUGAUUGUGGAGCUCCAGAGAUUGUGACUGGUAGCCGGGAUGGCGCCGUUAAGGUCUGGGACAUCCGUCAAGGGCAGGCCCCAGUGGUGGAUAUGUCGCCUCCGCCGCAAAUGGGCGAUGGGGUCAACAGCGCCCGCCGGGAUUGUUGGGCCGUGGCCUUUGGAAAUGCCUACAACGCCGAGGAGCGGAUCGUGGCCGCUGGCUACGACAACGGCGAUCUAAAGAUCUUCGAUCUAAGAUCGCUCUCCGUGCGCUGGGAGGCCACCAUGAAGAACGGCAUUUGCGGCCUGGAAUUCGAUCGCCGCGACAUUCCCAUGAACAAGCUGGCCGUGACCACUCUGGAGGGCGGACUUCUGGUCUUUGACAUGCGGACCCAACACCCCACCAAGGGCUUCAGCUAUGUGGAGGAGCGCAAUGCCGGGCGUAGUGUAGGCACAAAUGGUGUGAUCAGCGGACCAAAGGCUACCGUGUGGGUGGUUCGUCAUUUGCCCCAGAAUAGGGAUCUGUUUUUGACUGGCGGUGGCACCGGCUCCAUUCGUUUGUGGGAUUACGAAUACCCCGACAAGAGGGUCAUUGAUGAUGCGGAUGGCAACCGGCUGGGUGUGGCUGGGACCAUGCACAUGGUCAGUGCGGCCACUCUGAGCUCUCAGCCCGUUCACUGUUUCGACUGGCAUCCGGAUAAGCUGGGCCUGGCCAUCUGCGGAGCAUUUGAUCAGAGUGUAAGGGUCCUGAUCACCACCAAGCUGAACACUUAUUAGGGAAUCCGAAAAUCAACAAAGACGCUUAAUACUUGUGAUAUCGGUUUCAUGGGUCUAUGCACGUAGAUUUAUUAUAUUUUUUCUCAAUAUAAUUGCACACCCACUACUCUAGGAGUUAGUCAGCUAAGUGAUCAGAGAUGUGCAUAAAAAAAGGACAGAUCUUUGGUUAUUAAAUCAAAAUAAACUUAGGCACUUUAGCUUUACACAGUAAA